AUGAUACUGGAGAAAGUUAGCCUUAACAUCGGUCCAGCAUUAUCUCGAUGGUGUAUUUCUCACAGGAAAAAGGCAAAACAGAUUGUUGAAACUUGGGAUAAAUUGUUCAGCUCUUCCCAGAAAGAGCAGUGUGUUUCCUUCCUUUAUCUGGCUAAUGACAUUUUGCAAAACAGUAGACGAAAAGGCAGUGAGUUUGUGAAUGAGUUCUGGAAAGUUCUUCCUGCUGCUCUCAAACAUGUUUAUGAAAGUGGUGAUGAGUAUGGAAAGAAAGCAGUAGCAAGACUCGUUGACAUAUGGGAAGAAAGGAAAGUUUUUGGUUCUCGAGGGCAAAGUCUAAAAGAUGAAAUGCUUGGCAAGAGUCCUUCUUCUGUUGUAGUGAGCAAUGGCAAGGGCACAAAUCCCAUAAAGAUAGUGAAAAAGGAUGCUCAUUCAGUGAGAAUUAAAUUGGCUAUUGGGGGUCUUCCAGAAAAGAUUCUAACUGCCUUUCAAACGGUGUUCGAUGAUCAUUCUAAUGAAGAGACAGCUUUCAAUAUGUGUAAUACUGCUGUACAUCAUUUGAGUAAAAUUGGGGAAGAUGUUGAUAGUGCAUCAAAUCAAGGAAGUCAGCAUGGCUCUUCUAUCAUAGAUGAGAUACAGCAGCAGGAGCAAGCACUUCAGCAGUGCAUUGGACAACUGGAAAAUGCUGAAGCAACUAGGGCGGCCUUGGUUUACCAACUUAAAGGAGCAUUGCAGGAACAUGAAUCAAAGCUGGAGCUUAUCCGGAGCCAGUUGCAAGUUGCUCGAUUUCAGGUUGAGCAUGCAAACAAUAUGAAGAAGAGAAUGACAUCACCGUCGUUUCCUGUUCCCCCAACUACGCCUACAAUUUCUGCAACAGAAGCCAUGAAGGUGGUAGAACAGACUCUUUCUUCAGCUCAGCCAAUCAGCACUCCACCCCAUCCUCAGCCUGUGGUUUCAUUUGCACCUUUGAGAACUACUGAAGAAGAAAACAAGAAAGCUGCCGCAGCUGCUGUUGCUGCUAAGCUUGCAGCAUCUACAUCCUCUGCACAGAUGCUUACGUCAGUGCUUUCAUCUCUUGUUGCAGAAAAGCUGCCUCAAUGAAUGGUAGCUUAAAAUCUGGUGGGUUCACAGCAGAUUGCCUGUCUUCCCCCAGAAAAAAGGCCAAACUUGAGAACCAAUGCCUGUUU